UGGGGUACCCUAGCAACGCGCUCCAUAGAAACGACACCCAACAGCAACACAAAAGACCAGGAGCCGCCACCUACUGAUGGCUAGAAAAUUCCUUCGCUCAGUUUGUUGUUCUCACUACGCGGGCAAAGUUGUACGGCAAAAAUGGCUCAAACGGCACGCAUAUCCACAGCAAACGCCUACGGAACGCGACCGUCGCACGACUACCAUGCCACCUCCAUAUCGCUGAAGCAUCGCUCUAAAUCGGCUAAUCCACCGCAAUUACGUCCACUUAGUGGCAUCCACGGGGCGGCGGUGCGACCCCGUUAUGUGCCGCCCUUUUCCAUACAGUCGCAGCAGAAAAAUACCGUUGUCAUCAACGGGCCAAUACACGAGACCGCCGCGACAACGGCAAGUGCCAGGGGGCGGGCCCCAAAUCCGAAAUGCCUAAAAAGGCAACAAAAAUCCAUUUCCACACUCAAUCUGGGAAUGGGCUUUAAUGCCUGCCCUCCAGGCACCGACUCGGGGCGAGGCACUCUCUUUCGAAUGUACUUCGAUCGUGGUGACUUACCCAUCAAAAUGGAGUAUCUCUGCGGUGGCGAUAAGAUUGGAUGGACGGUGGACAUUGACAAGCUGGACUACAGUCUCUAUCUGCCGCUCUUCUUCGAUGGUUUGGCUGAAGCAAAGCAUCCGUAUAAGACCUAUGCCCGCCAGGGAGUGACGGAUCUACUGCUUGCGGGCGGAGACAAAAUACACACCGUAAUACCGCAAUUAAUAUUGCCUCUGAAGAACGCAUUGAGCACAAGAAAUUUGGAGGUAAUGUGCACGACACUGAAGAUAAUACAACAACUGGUGAUGUCCUCGGAUCAGGUGGGUCCGGCACUGGUGCCCUUCUACAGACAAUUGCUGCCAAUGUUUAACGCUUUCAAAGUGAAAAACUUAAACUGUGGCGACGAGAUCGACUAUGCCCAAAAGAACAAUCUGAACCUUGGCGAUCUGAUUGAUGAGACGCUCCAGGUGCUGGAGCUGCACGGCGGCGAGGAUGCCUUCAUCAAUAUCAAGUACAUGGUGCCGACCUACGAGUCGUGCUACUUAAAUUGA